ACGUGGACAAGGGAAGUGCGAGAGGAAAAAGCCUUGCAGGUCAAUGCUGUUUGUGAAAAGACCGCGAGAUAUGUGGAUGGGGGAUCUGACCGAUUACCAGUCGGCAAGACAGGCCACACCGCUAGGCGGCAGAGCUGAGCCUCAGGGCGAGCCACUGGGCUGGCAGCCAAAGCGCCUGGAGCUGCUGAUUCCAGGUGCUGUGCAACAGGGUAGUUGUUGCAGGUUCUGACUGCAGGUGUAGUGUAGCAGGAUACCCUAGUUACAGCGGUGUAGAGGAGGGUAAUACCCGUGGAUGCUUAUUCCAAGUAUGACGUAGUAGGGUACUUCGUGCGGGUGGCUGACUCUGCUAGGACGGCAAGACCUGCGCCGAUGGCAGGGGCUAGCAUUGUGACGUCACGGCAUUCUUGAGCUGUCGGAAUGUGGAACAUGGCCCAUUGCAUCCGUGAUCUUUCAUUUGGCGUCUUCUGAAUCAACGGCGAGUGAAACGCCAAUAUCUGAAUUGCUGUGCGCCAGUGCACAUACACUUUAAAGACUAUCACCAUGACGAAACUACGUCACACAAUGCACGGGAGUAUUGCACGAACAGCGCCUGUUGACCACAAGGGGCACUAACUUCUUUAUUACGCCCCUCUCCUUAGCUCUUUUAUUUUUAAAUUAUCAAGAUGAAAAAGCAGCGGUAUGUUGGGAUUGCAUAAUUGACAUUACAGUUCCUGACACAAGAAUGAAAUAUAUUGGAAGACAUCAUCAACGAGGAAAAACAUGCUGAGCCGUUGGUACACUAGUCGUUCAAUUCCACAAGGUUGGUUUGGCAAACAUCGAUAACAGGCCUCUUAUCAGCUUCUUGUUGGAUUGGAUAUUUGUAAUCAUCAGGACCAAAUCACAACGAUCGGAACCAGACAGUAAGUAUCGAUCCAGUAAGACAUCAUGAAGACAGUAGUGCUCUGUAGUCAGCAGGCAAUCACAGCUAGACACGUAGGCCAUUGUAAGACACGUGCUAUGGUCAGUAAAGAAUUAUGUAAUAGCACGAAAGCCAGCUUUAAGAGUCUGUAGAUAAUUAGGUAAGUGCGGCAGUAACAUGACGUGAAGAAACAUGGACUAACCAGAGAAACAGACCAAGGGACAACUGGAGAGUAGGUUUUGUCCGACCUUUAUUGCGCUGCUUCUUGUUUUCACUCAACCACAACAUCCUUAGCAACCGGAAAUGUAGGCGUAAAUGAGAAGAUAGUAUAGAUUUUUUUUCAGCCAAGUUAGCAGACGUGUUAAUGUUAAAAACAGCCCAUCGCGAUCGGAGAAGAAAGAAGUAGGGCACGAAACUUUUUGUACUGUCGAUCUUGCCAACGUACCCAGCCUUCCAGCCCCCUCUCGACUUAAAAAAAAAAAGAAAAAAAGCGAGAAGUCAGUCACUUCUUUACUUCUUUAUUCAGACAAUCAUUCAGCUAGAGACUCUGGCAAAAACAGAAAGACAUAGGUAUAGUGAAAGAUAUAUAGGCUGACAGACACGGGAAAACUGCAGAUAGACCACAAAUGCGUUUUACUGCCCACAGAAACAAAAGUAUGCAACCUUCAUAGUUCAAAGUUUGAUGUGUAUGCUUUCUAGUCACCGCUAAACUGUAAACACUGAGGUUUUGCUGAACCUUCUGAAAGUGUCUGUCUCACAGUUUCUCCUCCGGCCAGAGAUAGGUUUAACUAUGAUCUACAUCAAAUGCCAGUUUAACGUGAGCACUGCUGUUCAACCCCACCCUCUCUCACCUGAACCGACCACUUCCCACACUGAAUCUAAAAAUAUCGCCAAACCUGUCUGCUCCAAUCAGGUUUGGUUUUUGCUCUUUCCACAGAAAUUAGACAUCGGUUGAAAUAAAAGACAGAGAGAGAAGAGAGAUGGAAGAGACAGCAACUAACGGGCAGGCAGCUCUUACUUCCACAUCCAACUGUGUUGUAAAGAAAAUAUUCAUCGAAGGUGAUGUGCAGAAAUUCCACCCGACUGUUGACUUGUAACUGGAAAUGAUUUCGGCGAUAGAUUCAUCUCUGACGUCUUUUCUCAUGCAUACGUAAAAUUUCGGUUUGCCUGCGCACUAAGAUAGUCAGCGCUGACGUCACGAGGAGGCCAGCAGCCAUUUUCCCAGGCAGGUCAGAAGAAAGAACACCUGCCUGGUGCAUGUUGUGUUAACACAAAAUAUAUGUAAAUACACCGACCAAGUCAGCAUCAUCACUUGUUCUUCGUUUUCGUCCUUUCGUCAAAUUUGAUUCCAUUGCCACUAUGCCAAGUCUGUUGGAGUUGUGCUUCGUCGUUACUCAGGAAGGAAGAAUUGCUGUUUGCAAUUGAAACCACGGAUGGAAAUAUGCUUUUAGCUCAUUAGCAAGAUUAGCUGCAUCCACACCAAGACUUUCGUGCUAUGGUGAACACCGAUAACAGUAGCAUCGUAGCCACAGGGUACGGCCACCGCCAAGCAGGACUUGAAGCUUCUCACAAACUCGCACCCCAGAGAAUGCCAGAAACAUUCACGGUGGCCGGCUGCGGCUGAGGUUGAAGAGUAUAUGGCCUCGCAUUUCUCCACCAGUAUCUCCACGAUAUGGAGAUUGAGCCAGUGCGUGGCUGGUAUGCUGGGAACUGCAGCCUAGACUUCAUCCCCCCGGCAUGGCAGCACUGGUUCGCUGCUGAUGCUGCUACCGUUUAAAUGGUCUUCUGAUGUUCCUUGCCGGAUAUGAGGUGCAAUGGCUGUCUGAUGUGAUGUCCGAUUGACGAAGGUGCCUACUUUCUAUGAAGAAAGAAAAAACAGGGGAAGAUUCCGUAAGAAGGGAGAAAAGAUUCUGCACAGCAAGUACAUUGUUAUAUGCGUCAUCAUCUUGACCAUAACUGACUGCGCACUGGUCAUCGCCGAACUUAUUCUGGAUCUUUAUAGCGUCAAGAAAACUCUGUCUGCAUCAGAAGCAGUGACCAACUUCGUGGAAGACCUGCGUGGGAAGUAUCCGAAAGAGCUAUCCACCAGCAUGACCGUGGAUACCAUCCUUAAUAUGGUGCUUCAGUCCACGGUUCACUGGAACCUAACAGGUUUCGCCAUUAUGAGCCAGCCCCAUCGUGACGCACCCAUUCCGUCCGUUUCCGGUCACGCGACCAACGGUCGUCUUGGAAAUGAUACUCGAACGCGUUCUGUCCGUGAUGCUGUGGAAAGAGACAGCCGUCUGAGAACUAGCUCCAGUGAUGAGGGACUGGGCAAGGGACCCGAAGACAUCAGGCUGGCCAGCAUUGUCAGCGGUGCGCGGCCUCCUCGCUAACCUCCGUGUUAGACACAGUGCAUUCUGGUCUGGGAUUACACUCGGGCAACUGGACCAACGUGUCUGCGAGUGCCAGCUAUGUGGGCAUGGGGGUUGCCUACGCCGAGUACUCCACCACCGCAGGGCAAAACCUGCCAGACAGAGGGCAUGGGCAGUACCCGGACCAGCAGCGACACCACUCGGCAGAGACACUCAUCGCCCACAAGCUGCACUACGCCAGCCUCGCUGUCGUGUCCGUCCUGCUAGUGGAGGUUGCAUUGAAGAUGAUGUGUUCCGGAUCGCACUUUGUCAAGAGAAAAAUAGAGGUGUUUGAUGCCGUGAUCAUUCUUGCAUCAUUUGUCGUCGAUCUAGUGUUCAUCAAGGGAGUUCCGGUUUUCGUCGUCGACGAAUCUAUAUUUAUUCUGGCAUUUUUGUUGCCAUGGCGAGUGAUACGGGUUGUAAAUAGUCUGGUGGUGGCUGUUAUUGAUCACGAACACGUCAAACUGCGACUGUUGUACAGCCGCAAGAAGAAACUGGAUAAGACUGUGGAGACUCUUAAGAACGAGGUCGACGAGCUCAAGGGUUUACUUCAAGAUGUGCGGUCGCUGUGCUUGAAAGAAGGCCUGGAGUCCUGGAAAAUCGACAACUUACUGGGUAAGUUUGCUCCUCGCCGACGGAAAGACUCCAAGUUCUAUGCGCUGGUCAAGCUGGUCAUGUCUACGGCCAGCGUCACGGACGACAGAGACUCCAUCUCUUCCUCCUCCAUCGAAAAUGACAUCCGUGCCAUCGCCAAUCGCGACAGCGUUCUCAACAUCAACGAUUGCUCCACGAGUAACGAUAACACCAUCAGCUCUUUCAACUUUUUAAACGUUCAGGGCAACUACGACAUUCGCUCGGUGGCCUCGGAUGUAGAGAGCUACAAGGACGGCUACAGCUCGCACUCAGCCUCUCCGUCACCAGUCGUGUCCCCUGAAAUCUCCCCCUGCCCGUCACCUAACGUUUUCCUGAGGGUCCCUGGCGGACCUUCCGUUUUCCGGUUUGACGACACCCAGUCUAUGAUGUCAGACGAGCUGGCAUCACGGCCCAGCACUCCCAACAUUCUGCUGACUGCACCCAGUACGGAGAACACGUGUGACAUCGAGGCCAUGGCCGAGACCUCACUGAACUCUGCUCCCGACGGUCGGACACUAGGCGUGGGCAAGGAGGGAGUGCGGAGUGGCAGUGGGGGUGGAGCAAGGAACGAGACAAAGACACUCAAGAAGGGAAAGGCGGCCAAGCUGCACACCCCGCCCUCUACUCCUUUCCUAACGGUACCCAACAGUCACGGGCGCGGGCACAAGCCUCGCAUCUCCGACUCGCACUCCCUGACCGACCUUCAGUUUGCCUCGAGAAUGCCAUCGAGAAGAUCCUCCUGUCUCAGUCUCAACGCCGAAGCCAGAGGUCGGCGCCAGAAGUCACCACGCCGCGUCAACUUUGACCUUUCCUGAGGUUCGUCUAGCGGCUUUUCCUCCUGAAAAACUAUCUGCCUGGACAGGCGUGCACUUGACUGUCUGGACAGCGAGCUGUGGUCAUCUGCUUGCCCUUGGGGACCAAGUGGGACAAAGGCAGUUAGUGUGCACCGGCUGUGCUGGCUUCGUCUUACAUUAGUCAAAUAAAUACACGACGUCAGUAAGUUAGCUGUGAUGUUUCAGGGCAGUGCUAGACAUAGAUUUGCUUUCUCUUGUGCUUACUACUUCAGAUAGUUUCAGUACGGACGGUAAAGGGCCCUUUCGUUUGCUUGCAUUAAAUGAGAAAAAAAAAAUUCUUGCGGACGCUGUAAAGGACACGAAAUCAGGUGACACUCUACCGCUCGUUGCUUUUCUCGUCGUCCUCUCCAGAGAAGUGUUCAGGGAGAAUUACCUGCCCAUGGAAUUCUCAUUUACACUGGAGGCCGGGGUAGGGGAAGUCCUGGUAGUGUACCUCAUUCCACCCACUCUCCCGCCCGCCCACACACACAAACAAACAAGCCAGCAAAGGAAGAACGUGAGAGAGUUUGACAGAGACUGUGUCUCUUACGUCGUUUGGCCGUCACGUCCCCAUGGCAGAACGUGUUGAAGCACGUGACUGUCGUGUGAGUGCAGGUCGCACGACUUCAGAGCUGCUCGCAGACAGCGGUACCGGACCUCGUGCUUUGAAAUCUUCUCGCUUUCUUGUCACCAGAGGAGGUCUUACUGUUUUCUGUCUAGCAUUCUCUAGUUACACGAAGAUCAACGACAGUGGUUUUUAUCGUUCUGAUAUUGCACCAAGUCGUCUACUGAAGUAGACAGUUCUGUUUCUCUCAGGAUGUCGGCAGACAGCCCAACUGCGGGCACAGAGGAAGCAGAAGAUGCAACAAAAGUCGGUUUCAGAAACAAUGUUUUUACAAUAGUACGAAAAUGGCUUUUGCCAAUCUGAGACACGAGCUUGGUGAUUCUUUUGCGCCGACGUUAAGAACGAGUAUCCGUCGCUUGACAUGGGUAUGGGUACAGAUGUCGAUGUACAUGUGCUUGUGCACGAGUAGUAGCUUCAAGUGAGUAGGGUACAUCAAGUUGUGUAGGGAGAUUGUUAAUGCAAGCAGCGUGUCACACAUUACUCAGGUGGAUGGACAUUGUAUUUCGUAACGACGUCCUGAAGAACACGAGGGGACGUCCAGCGAACACAAGAUGGCGGCAGGGAGGGAGCGGAACGUGUCUCUCCCGUCCAGCUGAGCGAGUCGUCCGUUAGAGGAACAGGGGAUGUAACUGUGUAAGAAAGAUCAGCAUUAUACAUACGUAUGUAGUGUAAUACCGGUUCCUGACUGUCCUGUCAUGUUUGGACAAUGAUCUCAGGUCUUGUUGAUUGGUGAACUGCAGGGCGGAAUAAUUAAUACGGUUUGUAUUUUACACACUAACAUCGUCUUCAUCCUCAUCGAUAAUCAUUGACUAGUACACUUCACUACUCUGCUCUUACUACUACUACACAUCGAAUUUUCAUGUUCAUCGUGUUCAUCGUUGUCCGUAAAAGCUUUCUUUAGCGCGGGAUCAAUUGUUUCAGUUGUUUUGUGUUUCUAUCGCCGUCAGUCCGUAUAACGAUAGAUUCCCUAUUUAGAAAGUUGAACUCUGAACUCUACAGACAGGCCGCCUUUAGGCAAAACAAAGCGAAAUAACCAUUGAAGACUCACCCCACCUGACCAUCACCUCACCUGUACUCAUCAUGACGUCACACAGCGCUUGAAUGCUCGCUUGUGUACGUGUAUGCGAUCUGUUGGUGUGUCAUGAUUUCCCUUGUGGAGAAGACAUUGUGUGGCGAGGCAUUGUAUAAACUGCAGCCGAUGGAGGUCGAGAUUAGUGCAGCUCCGUGCAGUCUGGAGCGGUCUUCUCAUUCACAGAGUAGAAGGCGUUGCGCCCCUGGUGUCCGGUGCAGAAGUUUGCAUCAUCAGUGCAGUGCACCGUGUACAAAUAGGUGAGGCAUGAAAGACGAUAAACAUAACGGCAUUUGUUACACAUCACCUAUCGGUGUGAAGCAUCAGAAAAUGGAAACAUCGAAAAUAUGUGUCAUUGAUUUAUAUUCUCAGCCAUUUACCUCGGAAUGAGUUCUUUGACAACUUAUUAAGAAAAACUACUAUUUAAACACGGUGCAGAACAUCUCAGCAAGAAGGUCGGAAGUGUUUGAUGUAAGUGUUGUGUGGGUAUAGCACACUACAUCCGGGGUGGCCACAGAUUAAUUCUGACAAUUCUAGCGUCAACAGAGAGUAUCCAAAGGUCACAAAGAUUAUAACAGAUAGCCAGAUAGUAAAGCACACCUAGGUGAACUGUACUUGAAAGUCUGUAUUGUCAGUUAUAGAGUGAUGCCAAAGUGAUGCUUGUUCGUCAGUCUGUAGACUGUAGACGCCGUCGAUGGCGAUGACUGUAUUAUAAAACCUUCUAACAACCACGUGCGAGUCACGUAUUACGGGAACCGUAGUUCUUUCUUUCAAAGGAUAUAUUGCCUUCGUUGUAAACCUAAAACUAGGUUUACUGGCUUAUUACAGGGCUACAUUUCCAACGCUAUUCAAUACUCGCGUGCUGUUAGCACUAUUUACUGUGGUUCAGAAUCUUAUUCAGAGGCUGAUUUUGAAGCACGAAAGGUGAGGCCGCUAAUGCAAGUAACGUUUCUCCAAGCGAGAAUAUGGAAAUGGAAAUUUCCCAAUAAUAUCUUAAUCAACAUUCUUUAUUACGUCUGAUGAAUUCGUUAAAAAAACGGUGAGCCUCGUUACCUAUUUUCAAACUUAUACUUUCUUUUUUAAUUAGGAAACUUCAUGUCAAGGUAUCCAAAAUAUCCGAGAUACAUUCAAAGGUUUAUGUUGCGUGACAAGCAACAGCUAAGCAUAGGAAAAUACUGGCCCUGGGGUCUCCUGACGUAACGGCCAUUUGUAAAAUACAUUACAAACUAAAAUAAUCAUAUCGAAAUGCAAAAUAUAUUGUGUAUGGAAUUGCAGGAUACUUCUGCACCCACACACACUUUAUAUAUAUAUACUGAACAGUGCGUAUAUACAUACCGUGUAAAUGUAGAGUGCGUCAGUGUGCCAUCAGGUUGACUGGGUUGAUAGCUCUCUCACAUAUAUAUAUAUCUCCACAGCCAUUCGACCUGGCGAUACACUAACGCAUACACUAAAUAUGUGUGUGUGUAUGAGUGGGUUAUGUAUAUCUAGAGAGAGCGAACACAUUGUUCAGUCUAUCUAUAUAUAAACUUACAUAGACUGAAAACACGCUGGGUAUAUAUAAAGUGUGUGGUUAUACCGGCUGAUCAAAUUAAAAAAUAUAUAUCCAGAAAGUUGAUCUGAAGGUACACUUACUAACAGAGCUGUCACUUGAUUUCUUUUUACCUCCUCGCCCAAAAAAAAAAAUAAAAAACAAAAAACAAAAAUAUCACUAACUGGUUUUCUCACAAGCUGUCAAGCAGUUACUAGCGGUUCGCGAUCACAGAAAACUGAGAUCUGGAGGAGCAAUCUGAACGGAGGACAAACUAAAGUGACUGAGACCUAACUAUGGUGGUAAAGCAGACGACUUAGCUCACUGUAAUCGUACUAUGAUAAGUAAUAGAAACAGCCGUUUUAAACUCAUGAUGGCCGUAGUGUGGUGAGGAACGGCGCUGACAGACUUACUUACUGUAGCCUUAUGUGGUGGGCAACAGAGCCUACAGUUGUAGCGGCAGAGCCUGUCCUAGCCGAUGUUUAUGUUGGACUGGACAUGCUGAAAUUGUUUCACAGCUACGAACUUUAGUUCUGUUGACAAAUGUAUAUCGUCUGAAACUUGAGCUGGUGACCGUUGACCCAACACCUCAUAAUCUGACCAAAGAUUUAUUAAUGUAUCUGCGUAAGCUUUCGACAUUGUUGGCUUUGAUACAUCAUAAUAUUCAUAAGCUAAUAAUUUAUUAUUUUAUUUUUAUUAUUAUUAAUUAUAACGUUAUGUAGUCUUUAGCAUAUGGCUCAGAAAUUGUUACAGACUGCUGCAAUCCUGGGUUUUCAUUGUUAACAAACUUAUUCAUUUAGGCUGUAAGACUGCAAAUGUUACUGCAUUCCUUUUUCCAGUUCACUUCGAGAAAAUUUGUAGUUUAAUUUUCUGAGCAAAAAUGCAGUCUGCUUUUAUAGAUAAAAUAAAAGACUGUAGUACUGACAUAAUCAGUAGUGUUAACGUUUAGGUGGAGAAUUCUAACAAGGUACCUGUUAUCAACAAGAUAAAGUAACAGCACAAUAAGCAAUCAUGUUAAGACUGACAUGUCCUCAAGACAAUGAUAUAUUUGUGUUAUAUUACCUUUCGUAACGACGUUGCCAACAGAGGUACACUUUUCCAAUUUCAAUAGCGUUAAUCCCGUUUAUAAACCAUAGUAUUUAAAGGAGAAUUAGCUAAACAAAAACAAAUAAGCAAACCAUUAACCAUAUAAAUUAUUAUUAACCUUGAGUUAUUAACUUAUACGUAAAGGAGGUUUAGUAUUUGACCUACUUUGUUUUCCCUACCAUUAGCUACUCGCACAAAUGUCAUCUUUUCCCAACAUUAAAGAUCAUUUCCAAAAUCCCCACCACCACGACUAAUUCACCUCCAGUUCUGCUCCCUCCUUCUCCCUCUCUCACAUACGCGCCGGGCGUGCGUGCGCACACACACACACAAACACAAGAAAACGCGCGCUCAAGCAUGCAGAUGUGAAUGAACACGCGCUCGCGCGAUCUUUCAUCGUUCGCUUUAUACGCUGCCAUGUAUGGCACACAUCGUGUGCGCCCACCCACAUGGCUGACAUAUCAUUCCAGGAUGUACUGACGACAGAACUCUGACGUUCUGACAGAUAAACUCGGCACCAGUGAUCGCAGGACUCAAAACUGGUUGAUCGGGGCAAAGGUGACUGUUGUUGAAAUAGCUGUUCAGUAACACUUUUAAUUUGAGUUGUUUUGUUUGCUCUGAGAUAAAUACGAUUAUGUAAAUAGAUUGUUGAGGCUAGUGUCAUGUGGACUGUUGACUCCUCGAAAGCAAAAAGUUGUUGAUAACUGUUUACGUUUAUCGAUUUGUUAUGUACAGUAGGUUGCAAACAGUGCAGUUGCCAUACCUAGUUACAACAGCAAUCUUCAUAGCGAUGCACGGACUUUCUCACUUUAUAGCAAAGCUGUCGUUGAUUCGACAUAGAUAUUACCGGGUAAUCCUAACCUCUGGCGUUCUAUAUAGUCAGCAUGGAUGUUGGAGUGGUGCCUUCACAGGCCUUGCUUUGACACUAGCAUCUGUGAUGUCCACGUGGAGAUUGCAAUAAAAUUUUCCACACGAAA